CCUCUCGGUGAAGAUCGGUCCACGAGUUCCGACCCUUCGACGCGUCAAACGGUCAAUCUCCCGCGGCGCGCCCGACACGUGACUCACGCGUCACCGUCGACGACCUCGGACGGACGCGUCGCGGAAGGUCAAGCUCAUACUACAUCCUCGGUCGCGCUGGUCCACACAAAAGCAUGCUCAGGCCCACCUUUCGACGUCUAUUGAAUUCGCCGUCCACCAAGGCGCUGUUCCGGGGUGACGCUCUCGCAGUACACCGGCGAUACAUGGCGACCAACGCCGAAGAGGGUGGGAUUCAGGACCCCGCAACCUACUGCAGCGACUUGGUCCGAAAACGCGACUACGAAUCAUUCCUCAUCUCACAAUUUUGGCCACGCGAUCUCCGGGAACAUUUUAUCGCGUUGCGCGCGUUCUAUGUGGAACUAGCCUCGGUGCAAGAAUCUGUCUCGAAUAUCACUCUGGGCAAGAUGCGGAUGCAAUUCUGGAGAGACGCACUGAAGGGCAUUGCGGAUGGUAGGCCGCCGAGGCACCCAAUAGCGCUAGCUUUGGGACGGGCAUGUCAAGCCGCAAACCUACAGACAUACCAUCUGAAGCGGAUCGUUGACGCAAGGGAUGCAGAGCUUGACACUCCUGCGCACAUGACACUAGAUUCUCUCACAUCUCAUGCAGAAUCCACAUCCUCCACGUUCCUGUACCUGCAGCUAUCUCUGCUGUCCCUCUCCGCCUCGUCUACACUUUCACAUGCCGCCUCGCAUCUCGGAGUUGCGCAAGGCAUCACGACACUGUUGCGUGCACUGCCGUACCACGCAUCGCAAGGCAGGAUGGUGAUCCCGGCGGAAAUCACGGCGCGGCACGGCGUCAGUCAGGAAGAGGUUUUCCGCAAGGGUGGGCAAGCGAAGGGCAUCGAAGACGCUGUGUUUGAGUUUGCCACUGUGGCAAACGACAAUCUUCAGACAAGCUUGGAAAUGCUCAAGACGGAGGUGCCUGGCAGGGCGAGACCGGUAUUUUUGAAUGCGGUGCCGACCCGACUGUAUCUGGAGCGCUUGGAAGCGGCAAACUUCGACGCAUUCAAUCCGUCUUUGCAUGGGCGUGGGUGGCAGCUGCCGUGGAGGAUCUGGAGCAGUUACUAUAGGGGGCGGUUCUAACAACCGGGGGGUUGUACAGAGCGUUGUCUGCGCGACGAAAUGACUAGUGUUGUUGCUACGUG